UAAUUUUAAAAACAAAUUCAGCUUUCAAAUUUUUUAAUAUGGCUGAUUUGGAUAGUGUGUUAAUUAAUCUAAGAUCCUGUUUAAUGUCAGUAAAAGAAGGUGUACCAUUGAAUCAAAUAGACAGUGAUUAUUUUAAAGUGAUUGGUGAAAGAAUACCAUUUAAAAAACUUGGAUUUCCAUCAAUUGAAGCAUUAAUACAAUCAUCAGACAAUUUUUACAUUCAAAGUCGUGGGGGAGUUAGUGUUGUUCAUGCUGUAGCAAAUGAAAAAACGCAGCAUUUAAAUGAACUUAUUCAAAGACAAAAAUCAAAACCUCCAAAAAAAAACAAAUUGUUUAAUAAAUCAUUUCAACCCAGAGUUGAUGGUUUUUCGAACACUCAAAACAGAGGAUAUAACUAUCCUAGAAAUGGAAACAAUACUAACCAGAGACCUCCGAAAUAUUAUCAAGGCUUUAUUAGUUCACAGUAUAAUAACAAUUUUAGAACAGCUCAAACUUUAAUUGCCAAAAAUGGUCAAAGUAAUAAUAAUCAUCCUAAACCAUAUGAAAAGAAUGGUUUUAGUAAGCCUCAUUUGAACAAUUAUACUACUAAUCAUCAAGGGAAUUAUAAUUCAAACAAAAUAACACAAAAUAUUAUAUCCAGUACUAAGAGUGUAUUACCUAACACAGAUAUUAAAAUUAAUAAAAAAUUUGAGGUGAUACCACCAUUAACAAGUAGCUGUAGUAGUUUAGAAUCAGCUUAUAGUUCUGGCUCAUUAGGUAAUCCAAUAACAUCUGCUACCCAAACAAUGGCCACUCUGACUCGUCGACAGUAUAAGUCAAAAUUAUGUGUCAAUCGAACAGAAAGUAAGACCGGGAAUAUGUAUAACACUAAAAUAAAGGAAAAAUCAUCAUUAUCAUCUCUACCUUUCAUACCUGUUGUAAAACCGUCAACAGCACAAAGUAGACUUCAAAAGUACCCCAAAAAAUGUGAUGAAACCGAAAUAAAAGACAUUAAUAAGGAAGUUCUUCAACCUGUUAAAGAAUCAAAUGCAGUGUUACCUGAAAAUGUCAGUUCAUCAGGCGAAUUUUAUGAUGUUGAGAUGUUUAAAAAUACCGAUUAUGUUACUGAAUUGGAGUCAUAUAUCAAAAAAGCAAAAUUAUCUGAUCCAUUUUAUGACUGUAUGAUCAAAAAGGAAAAAUUUGGCAAAGGCAUUAAAUUAAUUCACAUUUGCACUAUUAAUGUUAAUGGUGGAGCAGUUGGUAGUUCAUUCCCUAUAGAAUGUAACUCAGUUGAAUUGGCAAAAAAUGUAGCUGCUAAAAGUGCUCUCUCUACUUUAAAAAUACAAUACGGAGAAAGUAUAGAUUACCCAGUUACAGAAGAUAUUAAUGAAAUGGCUUCUCGUGUAAAACAUCUUUUGAAAAUAAAUAGUCAUGAGUCUGGUCUUAUGAGUGAUGUCCUGGAACAAAUGUAUAGAGAAACAUAUAAACAAAAUAUGUUGGACAAUUGGAUUCAAUAUUUAGAUGUUUUUAACUAUUUCACUUUUGAUAAACUGGUUGCUAAUAAAACUAUUAUAUAUUUGAAUGAACAUAAUAACAUAAACCAAAAUGGGGAAGUAAAUGAAAUUAAUGGUACUUCUGAUGUGUCUGUAGACAACAUAGAUAUUGAUAGUCCUUUGACAGUUGUAACUAUUAAUAAUUAUGAUGAAAAAUCAGUUCUUGUUACAGCCAUUUACAGUUCAAUUGGAGUUAGCAUUCGCUUUGUUGGUUCAAAUGUUGAUGAAUCUUACAUUAAAAUGCAAGCUAAGUUCAAUGAUACAAUGAACACUAGUUUUCAUUUAGUAGAAGAAGUUGUCGAAGGAGAAUAUUAUGCUGUACUUUUUGAGUCAUUAUGGCAUAGAGUACAAGUUACUAGCUUGAUUGAAGAAGAUUCAUCUGUCACUUGCUACAUGAUUGAUACAGGGGAUUCAUUGACUGUUUCUAAAGAUCAGAUCUGUCUUUUAGAUCCAGUUUUUAAAAAAAUAAAAGCUCAGGCUGUUCAGUGUGCUUUAACACAGCUUGAAAACUUUAGCACCUUUAUUGGCUUAAAGGAAAUACUAGAUGAAAUGUUGCUCAAUAAGUCAUUUAUCUUAAUACCUGAUAACCUAGAGGAUGAUCCCAAUUUGCCGACAGUAACAUUAUAUGAAAAAAAAGGAAAUGAAUUUACUAAUGUAAACGAAUUGAUUAUUACAAAAUUUUUAACAAAAACAGUUACCAAACUACCAUCUUUUGAGGAAAAUGCAAUUGUUGAUGGAACUGUUUCAGCAGUGACUAUUUCAGGUUAUAUUUAUUUACAACUGAAUACUGACAUAGUUGCUUCACUUGAAGAAAUAUUACCAACUGAGUGUGAAGAGUAUUUAGAUACUGAAUAUUUUCUAAAAAGCAAGGAUGAAAUUCAGAAAGAUAAAAUAUAUUUGGCCAAAUAUGAACCAGAUAGUUGGAGUCGGGUUCAAGUUCUAAAUGUUCUUAAUGAUUCUGAGGUUGAUGUAAUUUAUGUUGACUAUGGUAAUAAUGGAAAAAGUGAAAUCACUAAAUUAGUCGACUUAGAAAAAUUUGAUCCUCUUAUGACAAAAAUUCCAGCUCAGGCUUCAAAAGUAACUAUGAACUUGUUGCCUCCUAGUACUAUGACUCCUGAAAUAGCUACCAAAAUUUAUGAGAUGGUAGGAAAUGAAAAAGUGUUGGUAAAUUUAAUUAAUGCACCAGCUGAUGAUGUUCCUUGUAUUCAACUUUAUAAAAUUCAACCUGAAACAGAUAUUCCAGUUUGUUUAAAUAUCAAAUUGGCUCAAAGCAUCAAAAAGCAGUAAAUACCAAAUGACUACUACUGUUAAAAUGAAAUCAUAUUAUCAACAAAUCUACAUAAUUUAUUCUGUUUAUAUAAUAUCCUAUUCUUGAAUUCUUUAUAAAAUUUAAUAAUACUUCCAAAACACAAAGAAAGUUUUUUAUUCUUCUACUUGAUUGUGUAAUUGUACCUAUAUUUUUUGAAGACUGUUGAUUGUUUUAUAAACUUAUUAUUCAUUUUGAUAUUUAUUUGUUUAUAAUAUAUUUUGUUUCUAAUGCAUGAAUAUUCUAAAUACUAAGUAAGUUACAUUAUAUUUGUUAUGGUUAAAAUGGUUAUAUUAGUUAUGCUUAAUUCAAAAUAAAUAGUUUAAUAGUAAUUUUAAAUAAAUCUACUAUUUUCUAUGUUAUAAAUUGAAUAGCUUUAAUAUUUUGUUGACUUAAACUGUUAUUAACUUGAAUAAAAUAAUUUUUAUACUUAUAUUUAAUCAAGUAUUAAGACAUUAUUUAUUUUUUUAUUUUUAAACUGCUAGUAGUUAAGUAUCAAUUGUAAUGGUGUUUAGUUACCAUUAUUGUCAAAAAUUAUUAUAAUAAAACGCAAACAGCGCAUCGGCUACUAGAGACUGAUGAAUCGACAAUAAAAAAAAUAAUUAUCACAAUAUUAGCUAUCAUCCAAAUGAUUAUUUAAACCCCAAGGACCAGGCCAUGGGGUCAGUUGAUUCCAGUACAUAGCCUUGUUUUGUGUAAUUCAUCAGUCUCGGUACUCGGUUGUUGCUGUCCGGCUUACUGUGAUAAAGUCAAGUCUUUGUUCUUCCUUUUCACUUAUUUGUUUUUGUCCUCUACAUUAAGGAUACUUUUGUCUUCAUUUCGUAUUUUGUUAUAUUCCUUACCGUAUACACUCGGUAUUUGUAUCAUGCACUUCUUCUACACCCCAUACCUUCGUAUUACCCUUAUUUUUUAACUAUAACAACGCCCUUUUUGACACCCACAGCCGACCUAGAGUCUAAGUCGAGCUCGGUAACUGCUGUACAAUCACACGUACAUGAAUAUCCAGACAGCAGACUUAUCGUCUUCGUACCUACACUACACUUGCCUACUGUAGAUUCUUUUUGUUUUACAACACAAUUUGAGUGCUUAUUUCACUAAAAAAGUGUUGGAUGUAGUGUGUGGUGCAGUGAAUCAUUCAAUCACUGUCUUAAAGCUGAUUUUCAGCUGCCUUGUUUUGCUGUUUCAGGAUUGAUAACUGUAUGGGAACUUGAACUGUUGUACAUACCUAGCUCUUAUACUGGUUCCCUCAGCCAUUAUGAAGUUGAAGCCGGUUGGCAGCUCUGCAUAUAGUCCUUUUUUUGACAUAGUGAUAAACAUUUUUUAUUAAAUAAAACUAAUGAAUUUAAAGUAGAACAUUCACUAAUUAAAUAUUACAAGAUAAUUCACUAACUGUCUUAUGCAA